UGAAAUAGGGUCAAAAGCAUUAAUCAGAUUGAUCCGUUUGGUCUGCGUCAGAAAGAGCUAGAGUUCAACGAGCGUCAUCUGCUAACAGAUCUCUGAUUAACCAUCAUGAAAAAAUUCCUGGUGACCUGCUGGCUAGCAAUUUUCCUUAUUCUGCUGCAAACCGAUGUCUCCUUUUCUAAAAAAGGAAAGAACAAACCCGGUGGUGGCUGGAAUACUGGAGGCCAUCGUCAGCCUGGUGGUUAUCCACAGCAGCCUGGCAAUCCUGGUUACCCACGCAACCCUGGUUAUCCUCAAAACCCUGGGUAUCCACAAAACCCUGGUUAUCCCAGGAACCCUGGCUACCCACAAAACCCUGGCUACCCUGGAGGAGGCUACCCUGGGGGAGGCGGCGGGGGCCAAUACAGCAACAAGCCCUGGAAACCUAAGCCACCCAAACCCAAGAUGAAACAUAUGGCAGGAGCAGCGUUGGGAGGUGCCGCAGUGGGUGCGGUCGGCGGCUACCUCUUAGGCAGCGCCAUGUCCAAUAUGAACUUCCGUUUCAACAACCGCGACGAGGAGCGGUGGUGGAAUGAGAACCGAGAUCGUUAUACUGACCGCGUGUACCACCCACGGUAUGAUCCGUCCAUGUCACAGGAUACCUUUGUGAGAGAUUGCGUCAACAUCACCGUGAAAGAGUAUACCGACUCCGCUGGGAACCAGACGGCCGACGAGAUGGAGACGAAAGUCGUGACCCGAGUGGUCCGCGAAAUGUGCACGGAGCAGUACCGCUUGGUGUCGGGCGUUGCCGUGCUUCUCGCUAACGCUUCCCUGCUUUUGAUCAUCACUUCUGUCAUGUGUUACCUGAUACACUGA